UGUUUAGUGCACAACAAGUGCUCGAUGCUUUGCCUAUGUGAGAUGAUUGUUCCUGAUAACCUGGUACAACUUAGAAUUUGCGAGCUUUGUAAUUUUGUUGCCCUAGUAAUGAAAUUUGAGUUCACCGUGUGGAGAAAGGGAAAAAUGUGAGAUGAUUAUUCAGUUUGAACCUGACACAUCUAUGCAAGUGAAUAACUACAGUAUUAUUGCUUAUUCUGUUCAUCACCUACCAAUGGACAAUUGCAGCCCGACACUUGAUCACAGUAUAGUAGCUAUACUCAUUUGAAUUUUUUAGAUUUACUACUAAACGCCCUUGGGUGGCUUACCAAGUAUUAACUCCACUCACUAGGUGAAGAAUUUACCUAUUUAGUUAAUCAAAAAAAUUAUUAAGGGCUAGAAAAGUGAAAGUACACCGGUAGCUAGAUGUGCCAAUUAACAUAUCCAGAAAAAGCUAGAUGUGCCAAUUAACAUAUCCGGAAAUAUAGGUGGUUAUUUAGAUGCAUGAUCUAGACUAAUUUAUUGUUGCUUUGGAUGUUAGAGAAUAUAUGUUUCUAAUGCUAGACUAGACUAGAAAGGGAAAUUUCUUUGCUUAUACCCCUUGUUUUUCAUGCUACUUGAACCAUCAGAAAAGUAACUCAUGUAUUCUAAAAAAAAAGAGUGUGCUAUUUGAACUGAAGUAAAUCAGUACCUUCCAAUUUGCAAGAACUGCAGGGAGGGAAGAAAAUUGAUCAGAAUGCAAACCAUCCCAACUCUAUAUGAUAACAUUGUGAAGGGCCUUCGGCAUAUAUAUAGCUAUGAUGAUUUCUUGUUUCCUUUUUUUUUCCAGAGCUAUACCUUUUGCACCUCAGCAAUUUAGAAAUUUAUUUUUCACAUUCCUCUUAUAUACACAUACUCUAUUUAUUUGAAAUCGGUGUUUUUUUAGCAGUCAUUGAAACAAAUGUGUAUAUAUACUCAAAGCAUUAGUACUCAGGUGGCUGUGCAGUUGCAAAGCAAAAUCCAGCCCUGUUUUUGGAGUCUCAGUUUGUUACUCCUGAUGGCACUCCUAUGACAUGUAAUCAGAGGAUUCCUCACUUACUGUGGUGGAGACAUUGUUACCACUCAAAUGUUAACUUCUGUAGACCUCUGAGGUGACCCACACUCAAAGUACAAACUUCUCCGAGAUCCAGAACUCUCAAAAACUACUGGUUCCUUCUGUUAGAGUAUAAUAACUGAUGCCCUAUACCAAUCUAGACACUUAUAUCUACAAAGAAACAAUAUAUAAUCCAUUAAGUUGCCGACAUUCUUAAACUUCAGUAUCAGGUGUACUAUUACCAGGUGUAUUGUUGCAUACUUAAUUGCUGCCAAAAAAACUUAAAAAUAAGGGAUUGUUACUGUAGGGUUCUGGACAGCAGUGCACAUUGAUAGAAUGAUAGUGCUUCGUAGAUCAAACCGAUGCCGCAUCAAGCAAAUUGAAUAACAGGCACAGUAUAUUAUUUUACCAAACUUAUAUACAAUCGACACGUCCAUCAAGGAGGUGCCGCGCCAGUGUUUCUAGUGACACACGAAGUGUAGAUGCUCACUUAGCUCUACGCAAGGUCACCGUAUAGAUACCGCCGUUUUUUCUAACCUUGCUCGACGGUCGGCACGCAACCUGAACUCGUCUUGCCCGUGGCCGAUCUCCUCCAUCCACUCGCCGCGCCGCAAUCCGGAGAGGAGACUACGCUAGGUCGAGCACCACCUGGGGCUCAGCUUUCUCGCGACCAGUUCCAGUGCAGCGUCUGCCCUCUGCAGCCACUUGCCACUCGCCCCCGCGACCGUUGUUGUUGUCCUACUUCGCCACUUGCCACCUUGGCCGGCGACGAGCACCACCAGAACAGCAGGUUCAGUCAUGAGUGGGCUUCUCAUGAGCUUCCCUAAGUGAUGCUUCAUAUGUUUUCUAACAAGUAACAUCUCCCCGAUGUUAUCCAUGCACUGGAUAUAUCCUUAGAAGUCAGAGAUGCAGAAGUCUGAUCAUCAUGAGCAGAAGCUAACUUCGCCAAGAGGGUUAAUCCAUAAGAUACUUCGUCGUACAAAUAGCAGGCGUUCUCCCACUGCAGCUGAUCAACAACCUUCUCCUGUAUCUCCAGAAACAAGCAACUCAUCAAUAUUCUCAAAGCAAAAGGAUGCUGAUGAUGCCAUCAAAGAUUCAGAAAAGCCGAGCACACAUACUAUCAGAAUUGAAGAUGAGAAAUCUGAUUUGCUAGGGUAUGAAGUUUAUUCUGGGAAGCUUACAUUAGAUAACAAAGCAAAAAAUUCAUCCAGUGAACAGUCUGGAUCUGGGUCUAGUAGCAAUUGCUUUGAUGCUAGGCUCAGCACUGAAGCCCUUAUAUGGGGUUCUAACAUCCUUAAGCUUGAGGAUAUUGUAUCUGUAUCAUAUAAUUCUGGUCUCCGGUAUUUCACCGUGCAUGCGUGUCCUCUUGAAAAAAGAUCCAGUGGACUCUCCUGCUUUAUGAAUCCUAGAAGAACCCAAAAGGACUUGAAGUUCGUAUCCACUUCUCCGCACGAGGCCUUUCGGUGGGUUAAUAGUUUUGCGGACCAGCAAUGCUACAUAAACCUGUUGCCUCACCCCAUGGCAUCUAGCAAGAAGCAUUCUUCUGAACUCAUUCAGUUUGAUACCAUGUUUGAUCCUUAUCUUAAAAAAUGUCGGUCUCCACCAAAGAUACUUGUCAUCUUGAAUCCUCGAUCUGGACAUGGUAGAUCUAGCAAAGUUUUUCAUGGAAAAGUGGAACCCAUAUUUAAGCUUGCAGGUUUCAAGAUGGAAGUGGUAAAAACUACACAUGCUGGUCAUGCAAAAUCUCUUGUAUCAACUAUUGAUUUUAGUACCUGUCCUGAUGGUAUUGUAUGUGUGGGUGGUGAUGGAAUUGUAAACGAGGUUCUCAAUGGUCUUCUAUGCAGAGAUGAUCAAAAUAUGGCCGCCUCUGUUCCAAUAGGUAUAAUACCUGCUGGGUCUGAUAACUCACUUAUUUGGACAGUCUUGGGUGUCAAGGAUCCAAUUUCUGCAGCAUUGUCAAUUGUCAGGGGAGGUCUUACACCAAUUGAUGUUUUUUCUGUUGAAUGGAUUCAAAGUGGGACUAUGCAUUAUGGCACAACUGUAUCAUAUUUUGGUUUCGUUAGUGAUGUUCUUGAGCUCUCAGAGAAAUUUCAGAAGCAUUUUGGUCCUUUACGAUACUUUGUAGCUGGUUUUCUCAAAUUCCUGUGUUUGCCAAAGUACAGUUUUGAAUUGGAAUAUCUUCCAGUGUCAGAUGUCAAUGACGCUGAGCAUACAAUUUUGGUAGGACAAGAAAAGGUCGAUGCAUCUGAUCUAUAUGAUGAUGUUGUUCGGAGAUCAAGAGCAGAAUGUUUACCACGCGCCUCAAGUUUAUCUAGCAUUGAUUCAAUAAUGUCUACAGGCAUGUCUGGGGCAGAGCUGGAGGUUUGUAGUCCUCGUGCAAAUAAUGAACCUUCUGAGGUUGUUCGUGCACUUGACCCGAAAUCAAAGCGCUUAUCAUUAGGGAGAGCGAGUACAUUUAAAGAACCAGAAGAAGUGCUUCAUCCCCACUCCCAUGGUACAUCUACUCCCAACUGGCGUAGAUCUAAGUCAAAAUCAAGGACUGAAAAGGCAAGGCCAGGCUUGUCUGCUACAAAUGAUGCAAAAUCCUCUAAGGUUAACACAGACAAAGAGGACACGUCGUCCACAAUUUCUGAUCCUGGACCUGUGGCUGUAUGGGAUUCAGGACCAAAGUGGGACGAUGAACCUAAAUGGGACAAUCAACCUAACUGGGAACCUGAGACUUCAAUUGAGCUCCAUAGUCCUCGUGAGGACAUUGAGCUUGGUCUGACUAAGGAGCUGGUACCUAGCUUAGAUGAAAGAUGGACAGUUAGGAAAGGGCGCUAUCUUGGUGUACUGGUGUGCAACCAUUCAUGCAAGACUGUGCAGAGUCUGAGCUCUCAGGUUGUUGCUCCCAAGGCUGAAUAUGAUGACAAUUGUUUGGACCUGCUGUUAGUUGGUGGAAGUGGAAGACUGAGAUUACUGAGAUUUUUGGUGCUUUUGCAGUUUGGAAAGCACAUAUCUCUUCCAAAUUUAGAAUAUGUAAAGGUGAAGUCUGUGAGGCUCAAGGCAGGCCCAAAUACACAUGAUGGAUGUGGUAUUGAUGGCGAACUACUCCAUGUCAAGGGGCAAGUUCGCUGUAGUUUGUUGCCUCAACAAUGCCAAUUGAUGGGCAGGCCAGUGAAAAACCUUGUACAAUAGCUGUAAAUACACUACUCUGCGGACUGUCUGCAGCUCUGAGGUCAGCCCAUAAUCUUGCACCUGUACAAGCGGCGAACCAUGGAAUUUUGUCCGCAUCCACAUAUAAGUAAAUAUAUUCAGAAGUCAGAACAGCUUAGCUGACACUCAAACUCCAGAGAUGUACAUUUGUGGUUAAUGAGCAGAAGGUGCUGGGUGGGUGCUAUUUAUCCAGAUGUAAAGCCAAAGCCUAUCACAGACUGCAGCUUGUUGCGCACCUCUUGCUUUUGCCUUUUUCUCGUCUGAUAGUAUACGUCUACUAUACAACCAUCCAGAGUGUACUUGCUCCAGAACAUAGUGUCCACCUCCACCCCCGGGUGUGUUUGGAGGUCCCUGAUGCCGGCCACUUGAUAAUACUCAUUACCCCUAUUAUAGGGACAACAUACC